UCUCGUGCUUCUUGACCAUCUGAUCAGAGAAAAGGCCAUCCCAAAUGUACUCCGCGUGCGCCGUGCGGUCAGAGCGCCUGUAUGCAUAUAAAGUCUACGGAUUCCCUAGCUCUGAGCCAAGGCGAUUAUGCGACUCACCUUUAGCACUAGUGAUUACUUGAAUACGUCUAUGGCUGACGAGCACGGACGAUCACUCUACACUGUGUCCACCAGUGGUUUCUUAAACCGACAGACGACCCUUUACAAGGCCAACACUUCCGGUAGCUCAAACGAUCCCACGACACUUGCCACCAUCAAAUGGAGUCACUGCAGUAGUGACAAGAUUUGGUUCGAGGGGAGAGAGGUUGAAGCUAGUCAGUUGAUGACCCAGCACGGGUGUUGCUCGAGUCCAUGUUUUGUCGGACCAGACAAUCAAACGUACAAGUGGAAGAUUGGCAGCGAAAACUGCUGGCUUAAACGAGAGAGCAUGGAUGGUCAGCUUGCCAAGUACCAUAAACACAAUCUGGGAAUUAGGAAGCCGUCGCAUCCCCCGUAUCUCGAUAUUUCUGAUUCGCUUCAGUACAUACUGGAUCACGUCGUGCUGACUUUUAUUCUUGCAGAAAAUAUGAGCCGAAGCUACACAUUAGAUUUGGUGUUAGUAUUUUUCUGCUGUAUAGCAAACUUAGGGUGGUAGCAGGAAUAACAGAUGCGAUAACGGGGGAAUAUUUUGCAGUGUACAGAUCAAUGCUCGUUCUUGGUAGGGACCAGGU